GUGCGCGGGGCUAGGGGUGCGCUCGCACCGCUCCGGGGUUGAGCCCGGCCAGGGUCCGCGCGCGGAGCCACGUCGGAGCGCGCCGUCCCGACCCACCCAGGCGCUUCGCCCCGCCCGGACGUUCCCGCCAGUGGCCUAACCUGCUUGACUCGCCGAACUUGCCGCAGCUCCCGGCGGCAGCAGGUGGCCUCGGACUCGCCGCCGUCACCGCUGCCCGAGCGGGCCGCGCGCCCCGGAGCCCUUUCGGUCGCCCCCGACCGGCGGGAUGGAGCCGGACGGGGACCUGGAGGAGCUGGCCCGGCUGCGCUCUGUCUUCGCCGCCUGCGACGCGAACCGCUCGGGGCGCCUGGAGCGCGAGGAGUUCAGCGCGCUGUGCGCUGAGCUGCGCGUGCGGCCGGCCGACGCCGAGGCCGUGUUCCAGCGGCUCGACGCCGACCACGACGGCGCCAUCACCUUCCAGGAGUUCGCGCGCGGCUUCCGCGGGGCCCACCGCGGGAGACGGCGCUGGGGCCGGGGGCCGCGGGAACCCGCGUUCACUGCGGCCCUGGUGGGGUCCGACCCCGGGGACAACCAGGAGGACGAGGGCGACGAGGACGCGGCGGCGGCGGCACUGGCCGCCCACUGGGACUCGGCGAGCCCGGGCCAGGCUUGGCAGGACUUCCAGGCGCGACUCGGGGACGAGGUCAAGUUCAUCCCCAGAAAAGAGCAAGUUAGUACCUUGUAUCAAAACAUCAACCUCGUGGAGCCAAGACUAAUUCAGCCAUAUGAACAUGUUAUAAAGAACUUUAUCCGUGAGAUCAAACUUCAAAGCACAGAAAUGGAAAACCUGGCCAUUGCAGUGAAGAGAGCCCAGGACAAGGCAGCCAUGCAGCUGAGUGAAUUGGAAGAGGAAAUGGAUCAGAGGAUUCAGGCUGCAGAACACAAGACGCGGAAAGACGAAAAACGCAAAGCUGAAGAAGCCCUCAGUGACCUCAGGCGUCAGUAUGAAACAGAAGUGGGAGAUCUACAGGUGACAAUAAAGAAACUCAAAAAGCUAGAAGAACACUCAAAACACAUAAGUCAAAAGGAAGACGUGGCUGCAUUAAAAAAACAAAUUUAUGAUUUAUCAAUGGAAAAUCAGAAAGUUAAGAAAGAUCUUUUAGAAGCACAGACAAACACAGCCUUUCUUCAGAGUGAAUUAGAUUCUUUGAAAAGUGAUUAUGCUGAUCAGAGUCUGAAUUCUGAAAGGGAUCUGGAAAUAAUCCGAGAGUACACAGAAGAUCGAAAUAGUCUUGAGAGGCAAAUUGAAAUACUCCAAACAGCUAACAGGAAACUGCAUGACAGUAACGAUGGCCUAAGGAGUGCCCUUGAAAACAGUUACAGCAAGUUCAACAGAUCCUUGCGCAUAAAUAAUAUAUCACCAGGGAAUACAAUUUCCAGAAGCAGUCCUAAAUUUAAUGCUCAUUCUCCUCAACCUCUGGGCUAUGACAGGUCAUCCCGCUCUUCCUACAUGGAUGAGGACUGUGACUCUCUGGCCCUCUGUGAUCCCGUGCAGAGGAUAAACUGUGACAUUGACAGCCUGCCUGAGAGCUGCUUCGACAGCGGCUUGUCUACCCUGAGAGAUUCCAAUGAGUAUGACUCGGAGGUGGAGUACAAGCACCAGAGGGGAUUCCAGAGGUCACACGGCACGCAGGAGAGCUCUGGGGGUGAUGCUUCAGACACAGACGUUCCUGAUAUAAGGGAUGAAGAGACGUAUGGCUCAGAAGGCGUGGCUUCCAUCCUAGACUGGAAGCCGCAGGGGUCUGCUAGUGAAGGCAGCGGCAUUAGCUCCUUGAGAAAGCCCAUCUCAGCACUUGCACCACAGACAGACAUGGUGGAUGAAAACCAUAAAUCUUCCAGCUCACAGAAGGCUUACAAGAUUGUGCUGGCUGGGGACGCUGCAGUAGGAAAGUCAAGUUUGCUCAUGAGACUUUGCAAGAAUGAAUUUCGAGGAAACACAAGUGCCACCCUGGGAGUUGAUUUUCAAAUGAAAACUCUCAUUGUAGAUGGAGAGCGAACAGUACUGCAACUCUGGGAUACCGCUGGCCAGGAGAGAUUCAGAAGUAUUGCCAAGUCUUACUUCAGAAGAGCAGAUGGUGUUUUGCUGCUGUAUGAUGUUACGUGUGAGAAAAGCUUUCUUAAUGUACGAGAAUGGGUAGAUAUGAUUGAGGAUGCAGCCCAUAAUAGCAUUCCUAUCAUGUUGGUAGGAAACAAGGCUGAUCUUCGUAAUGCUGCUGAAGCGGAAGGACAAAAAUGUGUCCCAGGGUACUUUGGAGAAAAACUGGCCAUGACCUAUGGGGCAUUAUUUUGUGAAACAAGCGCCAAAGAUGGUUCGAAUAUAGUGGAAGCUGUUCUCCACCUUACUCGGGAAGUGAAAAAAAGAACUGAUGAGGGUGACAGCAAAUCCAUUACCAAUCUGAGUGGGACUUCCAAAAAGUCAACCCAGAUGAAGAAUUGUUGCAAUGGUUAAAUCCAAAAGAUCCUUGGCCCACGAAGCCUUCAUUUCCAGAGUACUGAAUGUACAUGACUUAUUUGCUUCCUACAUGGAGUGGUACAUCCUACGGACACUGUCGUAUGGAGAGUUACAGUGUGGGAAAUCUGAACUGUGCUCUCAGGUCCCUCCAGAACCUCGGCUCUUUUUUGCUAUGUUUCAAUGAGUGAUUUGGGCCCCCUGGUUAAAUAUACCUGUCUUAUCCUUACAAAGUCUUAACAGAUAAUGUGUAAAUGUUUUUAAAGUGGUUAAAAAAAAAAACAAAAAAAACACAUGCUCAGAUCAAAGCUAUAGAAGAAAUUCACUGACGUAAUUAGGUUCAUGUGGUAAAUAACCUAUGACAUUUACUUCCAAUAUUCAAUACUAGAAAACUAAUAAAAGGGGGUUACCAUCCUAGCUUUGCUGUAAACUAGCCUUGUGGUCUCAGACAUGUCGCCAACCCACAUUAGAUUCAUUUCCUCAUCUGUAAACAAGCAGCUUGGCCUUUCAGGCCUCGGCCCUCUCAGCUCUGUAGCUCUUUAAGGAGUGAGAAGGAGAGCAUGAUGGCCCACAGUUAAUAAGGACUCUGCGCGUCUGUACUUUUUAAAUAUUGGGGUAUUAAUUUUUCUCACUUCUUGUACAAGAACAGAAUUUGAGAAAAAAUGGUAAUGUUUUAAGCUCCAGUGGAGACAGAAAAAUCUAUUUUUUAUGUAUGAAGAAAGAAAACAUUUGGGGGACAAAAAUAGUUUGUAUAUAAAAGAGGGUAUUUUAUAAUCUCAGAAUACUU